AUCCGCCCUCAGUAAACAUGGCGGCGCAGCGAGCGGGCGGGCAGGGGGCGGGGCCUCCGCGGGCUCCCGGCCAGGGCGCAGCGGCCCGGCACUGGCUACCCACGUGUGGAGACCGGACAGGUGGGCUUGCAGAGCGUGAGCCGGAAAAGGGUGCGAUGUUGAUCUCAGGAAGCACAAAAGGAUCGUCCUAGCCCGGACUAAACCACGGAGCUCACCCUGGACAGUAUCAUUCCGUGGAGGAAGACUGUGAGACUGUGGCUGGGAGCCAGAUUGUAGCCACCCAUCCGCCCCUGCCCUGCCCCAGAGCCCUGGAGCAGCAGCUGGCUGCAGAUCACAGACACAGUGAGGAUAUGAGUGUAGGGGUGAGCACCUCAGUCCCUGUUUCCCCAACCUCGGGCACAAGCGUGAGCAUGCCUGCCUUCUCCCUCGUGGACUAUGUGGUAUUCGUCCUGCUGCUGGUUCUCUCUCUUGCCAUUGGGCUCUACCAUGCUUGUCGUGGCUGGGGCCGGCAUACCGUUGGUGAGCUGCUGAUGGCGAACCGCAAAAUGGGCUGCCUUCCGGUGGCACUGUCCCUGCUGGCCACCUUCCAGUCAGCCGUGGCCAUCCUGGGUGUGCCGUCAGAGAUCUACCGAUUUGGGACCCAGUAUUGGUUCCUGGGCUGCUGCUACUUUCUGGGGCUGCUCAUACCUGCACACAUCUUCAUCCCCGUUUUCUACCGCCUGCAUCUCACCAGUGCCUAUGAGUACCUGGAGCUUCGAUUCAAUAAAGCUGUUCGAGUGUGUGGAACUGUGACUUUCAUCUUUCAGAUGGUGAUCUACAUGGGAGUUGUGCUCUAUGCUCCGUCACUGGCUCUCAAUGCAGUGACUGGCUUUGAUCUGUGGCUGUCCGUGCUGGCCCUAGGCAUUGUCUGUACCAUCUAUACAGCUCUGGGUGGGCUGAAGGCCGUCAUCUGGACAGAUGUGUUCCAGACAGUGGUCAUGUUCCUUGGGCAGCUGGCAGUUAUCACCGUGGGGUCGGCCAAGGUGGGCGGCUUGGGGCAUGUGUGGGCUGUGGCUUCCCAGCACGGCCGCAUCUCUGGGUUUGAGUUGAAUCCAGACCCCUUUGUGCGGCACACCUUCUGGACCUUGGCCAUCGGGGGUGUCUUCAUGAUGCUGUCCUUAUACGGGGUGAACCAGGCUCAGGUGCAGCGGUACCUCAGUUCCCGCACGGAAAAGGCUGCUGUGCUCUCCUGUUAUGCAGUGUUCCCCUUCCAGCAGGUGUCCCUCUGCGUGGGCAGCCUCAUUGGCCUGGUCAUGUUCACGUAUUACCAGGAGUAUCCCAUGAGCAUUCAGCAGGCUCAGGCAGCCCCAGACCAGUUCGUCCUGUACUUUGUGAUGGAUAUCCUGAAGGGCCUACCAGGCCUGCCAGGGCUCUUCAUUGCCUGCCUCUUCAGCGGCUCCCUCAGCACUAUAUCCUCUGCUUUUAAUUCAUUGGCAACUGUUACGAUGGAAGACCUGAUUCGACCUUGGUUCCCUGAGUUCUCUGAAGCCCGGGCCAUCAUGCUUUCCAGAGGCCUCGCCUUUGGCUAUGGGCUACUUUGUCUAGGAAUGGCCUAUAUUUCCUCCCAGAUGGGACCUGUGCUGCAGGCAGCAAUCAGCAUCUUUGGCAUGGUUGGGGGACCGCUGCUGGGACUCUUCUGCCUUGGAAUGUUCUUUCCGUGUGCCAACCCUCCUGGUGCUAUUGUGGGCCUGUUGUCUGGACUUGUCAUGGCCUUCUGGAUCGGCAUUGGGAGCAUCGUGACCAGCAUGGGCUCCAGCAUGCCACCCUCUUCCACUAAUGGGUCCAACUUCUCCCUGCCCACCAAUCUAACUGUUGCCACUGCAACCACACUGAUGCCCUUGACUACGGUCUCCAAGCCUACAGGGCUGCGGCGGUUCUAUUCCUUGUCCUACUUAUGGUACAGCGCUCACAACUCCACCACAGUCAUUGUGGUGGGCCUGAUUGUCAGUCUACUCACCGGGAGAAUGCGAGGCCGGUCCCUGAACCCUGCGACCAUUUACCCAGUGUUGCCGAAGUUCCUGGCCCUCUUGCCCUUGUCCUGGCAGAAGCGGCUCCACUGUGGGAGCUACGGCCAGGACCACCUCAUGGACACCGGCGUGUUUCCCGAGAAGCCGAGGAAUGGUGUGCUGGGGGACAGCAGAGACAAGGAGCCCAUGGCCCUGGAUGACACAGCCUAUCAGGGGAGCAGCUCCACCUGCAUCCUCCAGGAGACCUCCCUGUGAUGUUGACUCAGGACCCUGCCUCUGUCCUCACUGUGCCAGGCCAUAGCCAGAGGCCACCCUGUAGUACAGGGAUGAGUCUUGAUGUGUUCUGCAGGGACAGGUCUGGAUGAUCUAGCUCAUACCAAAGGAACUUGUUCUUCCCUGCAGGAGAAGCUGUCACAUCUCGAGCAUGUGAGGCACCGUUUCUCUCAUCGCUUGCCAAUCUGUUUUUUAAAGGAUGAGGCUCGUAGGGAGCAGGAUCAUGCCAGAAAUAGGGAUAGAAGUGCAUCCUCUGGGAAAAAGAUAAUGGCUUCUGAUUCAACAUAGCCAGAGUCCUUUGAAGUAAGUGGCUAGAAACAGCACUCUGGUUAUAACUGCCCCAGGGUCCAAUUCAGGACUGACUCUUCACCAUAAAACUGGAAGCUGCUUCCCCUGUAGUCAGUCCGCAUCUCAGUACCAGUUCUGCCAGCCACAGUGAGCCCCUGUUAUUACUUUCAGAUUGUCUAUGACACUCAAGCCCCUCUCAUUUUUAUCUGUCUACCUCCAUUCUGAAGAGGGAGGUUUUGGUGUCCCUGGGCCUCUGGGAAUAGAAGGUCCAUUUGUCUCCUUUGUGUAGAGCAAGCAAGUUUUCUGCCUCACUGUCUCCGUCCUCCACCUCUGAGAUGGACACUUAGAGACAGGGCAAAUGUGGAUCCAAGAAACCAGGGCCAUGACCGGGUCCACUGUGGAGCAGCCAUCUAUCUACUCGACUCCUGAGCCAGGCUGCUGUGGUGUCAUUUCUGUCAUCUGUGCUCCAUUUCCUUUUGGAGUUUCUUCCCCACAUAUCUAUUCCUGGGGAAUAAAAACUACCAUUAGACCUAGAA